CGUCUCUCGACUUCUCACCACCUCCCCUGCUCGCUGGAUGCUCGCGAAGGCGGCCAGACAUGCGUUUCCUAGACCAACUCCACGACCCGUCCGCUUCCGUGGCUGCCUCUACGCGGAGCAGAGGUCAAGGAGAACCGCGCCCUCAUUCUUGCGCUCAGCCACCACAUCCGCCAUCCAGCCCGCGUCCGUCGACGACACGAACCUCAUAGCCUUCUUCGACUACCCACAAGCCCCGCAGAAGGUCACUUCUCCCACCGGAAUCUUCGGUCACCGUAUCCUCACCACUCCGGCCGCGUUCAAUGCCCUCGCGGACUCGACGCUUCGGCGCGCGCACCUGCUUACGGAGCGAAUACUUCGAGCCCGAGAGUCGCGAGACGAGUUGUUCAAGGUGGUGAAGAACCUGGAUAGACUGAGCGACAUGCUCUGUGGCAUCAUAGACCUCGCGGAGCUCUUACGAAACGCGCACCCGGACCCUGUGUGGGUUCAGAGCGCUGACGAGGUUUAUGAGAAGUUAUGCGAGUUCAUGAAUGUUCUAAACACCAAUGUUGGCCUUUACGAAGUGUUGAGUGUCGUCCUCUCCGAUCGGGAGAUUGUGAAAUCCCUCAGUCCGGAGGCCUACCAAACUGCGUUGAUAUUCUGGCGCGACUUCGAGAAGUCAGGUAUUCACCUGCCUCCCGCGCAACGAGAACGCUUCGUCGCACUUUCAACGGAAAUUCUUGUGCUCGGUCGCCAAUUCCUGAAUGAGACUGCUGCACCGCGACCUCCAGCAAGAAUCCAGUACUCCGAGCUCCAAGGCGUGAAGGAUUUGGGUAUGGGUGCUCGACUUCGCCUCCAAGCGCAGGUUACCAAGCGCGAUCUUCUCGUCUACCCUGGCUCGCUACAGGCUCAAAUGAUCAUGCGUUCUGCGCCAGCCGAGGAGCCCCGGAGGAAGGUCUAUAUGGCGGCAAACUACAGUGCACCGGAGCAAAUAGCACUGCUAGAGCGGCUCUUGCGAGUGCGUGGAGAGCUUGCUCGGCUGGUCGGGAAGGAAAGUUAUGCACACAUGGCUCUAGCGGACAAAAUGGCAAAGUCUCCCGAAAACGUUCAACAUUUUCUGGAUGCUUUGAUGGAUCACACUCGACCUUAUGCCAUGCGCGCUCUGCGGACGCUUAGCCUACGGAAACAGGCCCAUUUCCAUACUGCCCCGUUCCCUACCAUCCAAGCGUGGGAUCGCGACUUCUAUUGCCCUCCCGAGCCGCCUGCUCCUCCUGUUUCUCUACCCUCCCUCACUCUCGGUACCGUCUUCAUGGCUCUUUCCAGACUGUUUCAAGCGCUCUAUGGCGUGUCUUUGCGGCUUUCGGAACCGUCUCCGGGCGAGGUCUGGCACGCGGACGUGCGGAAGCUUGAAGUCAUUGACGAAGAGAUAGGCGUAUUGGGUUGGAUAUACGCCGACCUCUUCACGCGCGCUGGCAAACCCGGAGGCGCGGCCCACUACACCGUCCGCUGCUCUCGGCGGACAGACGAUGACGACGAACAAGGCGAUCUGAGACGCGCUGACGAACCUGACCGGGACGUCGUGCAACUUUCGCGGGAAUUCGAGGCCGAGCGACACGUGCGGUUGCCUCGUCAGGACGCGAUAUAUCAACUACCUGUGGUUGUACUUCUGUGCGAGUUCAUGCGGCCCACCACUGCCCGCGGACCUACGAUCCUGGAAUGGCACGAAGUUUUGACGCUCUUCCACGAAAUGGGGCACGCGAUGCAUUCUAUGAUCGGGCGAACAGAGUACCAGAACGUCUCCGGGACUCGCUGCGCUACCGACUUCGUCGAACUGCCCUCUAUUCUCAUGGAACACUUUUUGAAUUCACCGGCCGUCCUCUCCCUCUUUGAUCGUAACGAUACACCCGGAAAGCGCUCAAACGGUCUUCAUCACGAGGAUCCUUGUCGUUCGAUCGACACACACACGCAAAUACUUCUGGCGAUGCUAGACCAGAUUUACCAUUCCCCUACCGUCCUUUCCUCGCAAUUUGACUCCACAGAAGCUCUAGCAGGACUGUACGAUGAACGCGGACUGGUCCCUUACGUUCCUGGGACGUCAUGGCAGACACAGUUCGGGCAUCUUUUCGGAUAUGGUGCAACAUAUUACUCGUAUCUCUUCGAUCGCGCAAUUGCUUCCCGAGUCUGGCGAGUACUCUUUUCGCAGAACCCCCUCGAUCGCGAUGUGGGCGAACACUUCAAGGGAGAAGUCCUGCGAUACGGGGGAGGCAGGGAUUGCUGGGGAAUGGUUGGCUCACUGCUAGGUUCACCUCAGCUAUCGAAUGGCGAUGGCGCUGCUAUGGCCGAAGUGGGAAGAUGGAAAAUCGAAGACGAGGUCGCUUCGGAUAGACACUGACAUUAAACGACAUGUUCUCGAAUACAAAUAAUCCUC